UAUUUUUAUAUAUGUAAAGGUGUCGAGACUAGCAGAAAAAACAAAUAAAUGCGAUCGGAUUUAUGUGCGAUUUCGCUCUGCCAUUUCUGUCGCUUUUGGAGCUUUUCUCUCCGCAGACCCAACAAUGUCUGCCAUUUUUGUGCGCUCUGUGUCCUUGUACCUCUCUGUACCACUGUUUACAGCCUGUUUGUUCUCUCUCUAACUCCCACUCUCUCUCUCUCUCUUUCUCUUUCUUGCUCCAGUAAUUUCGCUGCACAAAACUUUCCCGGAAAAACCACAUUUUCCCACACACGCAAUUGUAUCUCGCUCGCCGCAGCGAUUCGGCACCGAAACGCGGCGCUUUCCUCGACAGUUCGGAGAGGAAAAGUCUCGGUUUCCUCUUUUGUGAAAACACCUAGCUCUCUGGCCGCUCUGGCUCUCCAAACAUCAAAUCGCCGUCGUUUUGCCUGUUUUGAGCCUACACGAAAAGCCUACCGUGUAGCCUCUCUAGCUCUGUCGUCCUCCCCAGCUUCUAAGCUUGCUCGGUAACUCGUUCGUCGACUCAGUACUCUCGCUUUCGCAACCGAGUUCGUUUUCAACUCGACUCACUCACAUGAUGACGAAACGGCCAGUCGUUGCGGUCCUGGCGUCGCUGCUUCUCUUCGGAGUCGUGGUUGCAGUGGUGCUGCUGUUCGCGCCUGGAUUUGACGGAGCUGGAAAUUUGAUGUCUGAAUUGUCUGAAGCUGUGAACUCCACACUCACUGCAGUCCACCGCAAGCUGCUUGUUCGUGCGACAGCAAUGGAGGAACCAAACAGGAUUCGGGGAGACAAGUGCAGCAAGGCAGACAUAGUGAUAAACCAGGGCCCCACACCCCCGCUGCCAAGUGGCAUCCCCACAUACACCGUCGAGAUCAUGAACACGUGCGCCACCGGCUGCGACAUCUCCAACAUCCACGUCGCCUGUGGCUGGUUCAGCUCCGCCCGCCUCGUCAACCCCAAGAUCUUCAAGCGCCUCCGCUACAACGACUGCCUGGUCAACGACGGCAAGCCCCUUGUCAGCGGCGGUACGGUGUCGUUUCAGUACGCCAACACUUUCAGCUACAAGCUCUCGGUCUCCUCGGUCACGUGCCGUUAAAUAUGGUACUAAUAAAACAAUCAAUCGCCUAAUUACAAUAGUUAACACAAGAAAAAGACAGAAAUAUAUAAAAGCACCCAAAGCAGGAUCAUCUGGUAUCUAAAUACCCAAUUUGCCCUUUCUCUGCUUUCGCUUUAUAUCGUGGAUUAGAGUGGCAAAAGCUGAGAUUUCUGAAGAUGGAUAUGGGUAAAAAUGUCACGGCGGUGUCACCGACGGAAGGAGAAUAUUUGGGGUUUAUUUUGUAUAUAGUAAGAAUAGUAGUAUAGUGGCAGAAAUAUGUGAUGGAAAAAUUGAAUGUUGUGUGUGUUAAUAAUUUUGAUGAUCACAUUCAGCGUA